AUGAAGGAUAGCAUCAUCAACCCGCCGGAGAAGGACCCGAAUUCGAUCAUGACUGUAGCUGACCAAGGUCAGGGAGGUCUCGAGGAAAAAACCCGAUCAAAUUCGACCACUCAAUCGUCGAUUGCUCUGACAAAGGACAACCCUGCCAUCACAACUCCCAAGCACAUCAGCAAGCGAAACCCUUCAAAAACCGCCAAGGAUGGCGCAAUGAAAGGUCGCUCGCUACUCCCAUCUGAAGUUGCCCAAGGUCAGUUUGGCCUCUCGGCCAAAGCUCGAUCGAACACCAGUCCUUUGUCGAUCGAUCUCACCAAGGAUAAUCCUGAUCCCACGAUUACCAAGAGUCAACGCAAGCAACCCCCCCCCCUUCCAAAACCGCCGAGGAUGGCGCAGUGCAAGGACGGCCGCUCGUUGCCUACAACAAGAACCUCAAGGUGUCCAAGUUCCACAGGCUCUACAAGAAGGCGUGGAGGAAAGAGGUUUUCGG